AUGAAUGGGCUCACCCCGCUGGCGCGGCGGGGGGCGGGGGCGCGCUCGGCGGGGGCGCGGGCGGGGGCGCGGGCGCGGCGCGUCGCCGUCGCUGGAGGUGAGCGGAGAAGGCGGGAGUUCGCUGCGGCUGGCGGAGUCGUCGGUGGCGUUGGGCGAGUGCGGCCGCCCCGCCCCUCCUCACCCGGCUGCAGCGCCGCCAGCAGCUCCUCCACCUGCGCACGGGGGAAUUGGCGUUGGCGGAAGCAAUUGGCAAAACUAAAAUGUAGGGACGAAGUAGUGAAGCAGCGCAUUGGCGAAGGGGCGGGGGGGGCGAUACGCUUGGGGAGGACGACGACGAGCGCGCGCAGGCAGCGACUCCUCGACGUGCGCGAAGCCGCGCCUCAUCUGCUCGCAGCGCUCCUCGCCGUGCGCGCCCGCGCGCUCCAGCCGCGCACCCGCGCCUCCAGCCGCCGGCAGCCGCCCCUCUCCCCUCCCCUCCCUCCUCUCCCCGCGCCGCGCCGCCGCCUCGUCGCUCGACAUGCUCCACGCAACCUGCAACACAGACGACGACCACCGCUUUAUUCAAAUUUGGCGCCACACUCGGAACUCGUUCAUUUUGAUUAUUCUUUGGGGUUACUAUUACUAAUGUCCAUCUAAAUUGAGAUGACUGAUCGGAGUUCCCAGAGAUCUGACAAUGCCCUUCGGGAGAACCAAAUUGAGGAUUCUUCAGGAGAUGCUUUUCAGCUAAUGGCACAGGGUCUGGCGCAGAUGCAGGUGGCAAAUGGCAGGUUACACAUUGCUCUGCGGCAACAAGAACGGAGGAUGAUGGAGGCGUUGCAGCAACACGACCAAAGAUCUCAAGAGGCAGUGCGCGAGGUGUUGCAACUGCAAGAGCAAGGGUUGCAGGAGCGCAUAAAUGAGGUUAAACAGGUGAUGGAAGGAAAGAUAUCAAGAGUGAGUGAAG